AGAGGCAGCGAGGGCAGCCCCGGGGGGCGGGGGCGGCCAGGGCUGCUCUCAGCCGAGCCGAGCCGAACCGGAUCGGGCUCAGCCACGCCGAGUCCAGCCGGGCGGAGUCCAGCCAAACCGUGCCAAGCCGAGCCGGGGCGAGCUGCGCUCAAGCCGUGCCAAGCCGAGCCAAAGCAGGCUGCGCCGAGCCGUGCCAAUCCGAGCCAAACCAGGCUGCGCCGAGCCGUGCCAAGCUAAACCAGGCUGCGCGGAGCCAAGCGGAGUUUCCCCGAGCCGAGCCGAGCCGUGCCGUGCGGGCAGCAGGUAUCCCCGGGCCGGGCAUCCAUCCAUCUCCGGGCGCGGGCAGGUGCUUCCUUUCAAAGAAAGUCACUCAGUUGGCUCUCAGAGCUUCUCACGGAUGCACUGUGCGCCUCAGCAUCACGUCAGAGGUGGAGGGCCUCAAAAGAAAAGCUUAGAGGGAGAGACAAGGAAGAAGGGAUGGAGGAAAGGAGAGCCCCAGCAGCUUAGUUUCCCAGCAUGACAAGUUCUUGCUUUUCCUCCUUUGAAACUUUUCCAGGAAGAAGAAGAAGGUCUCACAGUAUCCAAGAGACAAGUGGAACAACCACCUGCUGAGACCUGACCAUGUGCUAACAGAAAGUUUUUCUGACUUUUACUCUCACACUAGACUUUUGCACAGGGGGCUGAUGGAAACUCAUCACUCCACACUGCUGGAGAGUCCAAGUUUUAAAGUCAGACCGGCCAGGGGAGCUCGUACCCUCAUUCUUUCAGCUGAGAAAAUCCUUUCCAUGUUGCCCGCAACUGUGAUGACCAGAGAAGCCCCUCUAGCCAAAGACUGAGCUUCUAUAUCAGGAAAUACGAUUUACAGGACUUGUCAUGUCUCCCUUUCUGCGUAUUGGUUUAUCCAACUAUGACAGUGGCCCUUACCUGCCAUCCCAGGGGGAGGUGAUUAAUCCUUACUGUGCUGUGAUGGUUAAAGAAGCCGUGGAGUCAGAAAAUGGCCAAGUGUACGUGCAGAAGAAGCCCACCAUGUACCCACCGUGGAACAGCACUUUCGAUGCCCACAUCAACAACGGCAGGGUCAUGCACAUUGUCGUCAAGGACAAAAGUGCUGAAAUGGUCUCAGAGACCACAGUGGAACUCAAGGUGCUGGCGGAGAGGUGUAAAAAGAGCAAUGGGAAGACAGAAAUAUGGCUAGAACUGAAACCUCAAGGGCGAAUGCUGAUGAAUGCAAGAUACUUCCUGGAAAUCAGUGAUGCAAAGGACCUAGCUGACUGUGAGACCGAAGGCUUUUUCUCCUUGCAUCAGCGCAGGGGAGCCAUCAAACAGGCCAAAAUCCAUAAUGUCAAGUGUCACGAGUUCACAGCCACCUUCUUUCCACAACCUACCUUCUGCUCCGUCUGUCAUGAGUUUGUCUGGGGUCUGAAUAAACAAGGCUAUCAAUGCAGACAGUGUAAUGCUGCCAUUCAUAAGAAGUGCAUUGAUAAAGUAAUAGCCAAGUGUACAGGAUCAGCAGUCAAUAGCAGAGAAACAAUGUUCCACAAGGAGAGGUUCAAGAUUGACGUGCCUCACCGCUUCAAAGUCUACAACUACAAGAGCCCAACGUUCUGUGAGCACUGUGGCACGCUGCUCUGGGGCCUUGCACGGCAAGGACUGAAGUGUGAUGCAUGUGACAUGAACGUCCAUCACAAGUGCCAGACAAAAGUAGCAAACCUUUGCGGAGUUAACCAGAAACUAAUGGCUGAAGCUCUGGCAAUGAUAGAGAGCACCCAACAGGCUCGAUCUCAGCGUGACACGGAACAGAUCUCCAGAGAUGGACCUCUCGAAAUUGGCCUCCCAGUUCUUGUGAAGGAUAUAACACCUCUUCAGGCAAUUCCAACAUCUACAACAGGAAAAAAAGAGCCACAGGGCAUCUCGUGGGAGACUCCAGUGGAGGGCACAGGGAAGGGAGAGACUCUAACAGAAUCAGACCUGGGAGGAGAGCAGCGCCAGGUACAGCAAGAGGACCAAGUGCAGCUAAAACUAACCAUUGAAGAUUUUGUCCUGCACAAGAUGCUGGGGAAGGGCAGUUUUGGCAAGGUGUUUCUUGCUGAGCUGAAGAGCACAGACCAGUAUUUUGCCGUGAAAGCCCUGAAGAAGGAUGUGGUGCUGAUGGAUGAUGAUGUUGAAUGCACAAUGGUGGAGAAGAGAGUCCUCUCCUUAGCUUGGGAGCACCCGUUCCUGACUCAUGUCUUCUGUACAUUCCAGACCAAGGAAAAUCUCUUCUUUGUGAUGGAGUAUCUCAACGGAGGAGACCUCAUGUUCCAUAUCCAGAAUUGUCAUAAGUUCGACCUUCCCAGAGCCACGUUCUAUGCUGCUGAAAUCAUAUGUGGGCUGCAGUUCCUUCAUUCAAAGGGCAUAAUAUACAGAGACUUGAAGCUAGACAACGUCCUCUUGGACAAUGAGGGGCACAUCAAAAUUGCUGACUUCGGGAUGUGUAAGGAGAACAUGUUUGGAGAUGCGAAGACAAGUACUUUCUGUGGGACUCCUGACUAUAUCGCUCCGGAGAUAUUGCUGGGGCAGAAGUACAACACCUCUGUUGACUGGUGGUCCUUUGGUGUCCUUCUGUAUGAGAUGCUUAUUGGCCAAUCUCCUUUCCAUGGCCAAGAUGAAGAGGAGCUUUUCCAGUCUAUCCGUAUGGAUAACCCAUUCUACCCUCGCUGGCUUGACAAGGAUGCGAAGGACAUUUUGGUGAAGCUUUUUGUGAGAGAACCUGAGAGGAGACUGGGAGCAAAAGGGAACAUCCGCCAGCAUGCUUUUUUCCGGGAAAUAAACUGGGAGGCUUUAGAAGAAAGAAGGAUUGAACCUCCUUUCAAACCAAGAGUGAAAUCGCCAAGUGACUGUAGCAACUUCGACAAGGAAUUUCUAAAUGAAAAGCCUAGACUAUCCUGUGCUGACAGAGCACUGAUUAACAGCAUGGACCAAAAUAUGUUCCGCAACUUUUCUUUCGUGAACCCUAAAAUGGAAAAAAUAUUUUCCUGAGAUCUGUCUUACUGAAGAAAUUCUCUGUAAUGGUUUGAGUAACACUUUGUCAGCUGAAGACUGGGCAUGGUUAUUUUAACCAAGAACCCACCAGAAAAACACGUCAGUGAAAAUUCAUACCAUGCCUGCCUGGAGGCUUUCAGCUCGUUCCAGUCUGUAGCAGAUGCCAGCCACGCUUCACUAAUAAUGAAGUCUCUUCAUGGUAUCUUUUGGUCUCUAUUCUCUCUUUUCCCAAUGUUCUUGAAGUUGAGAACAUCUGAAAAUGAAGAGGUGCCAAAACCUGUUCCUCUUUACUUGUACCUACAGCCAAUGGGUUCCUCUAUAAGAAAAAGCAAGCAUAUUUGUUCUUCUAGUGUUGUCAGUGCCCAUUUCUGCAAUUCUCACUUAGGCCCACCUCCUUCUGAAGGAUGAGUGGUGAACUCAGGGCCUGAGGGCAUCUGGGAAGACUUCAGGUUGAGUGUCUUUGCAACCUCCAUUUGUACAUAUGCAGAAGUGUGUCUGUGUUGAGUUUUGAAGAAGCAAAUUAACUCCCCUCACACUUUAAAAAUAACCCUCGCAGGUAUUGGGAUUUAAUGCUGUGCCAUAAGGUCCACUGAGACAAAUAAACUUUGUAGGUGCACAUUCCAGCACUCAUAUGUCUCAACCAAAGGCCAUGAAACUAAGGGCUCAACCAUGAAGGAAGAUCACAACAAUAGCAAGUGUCAAGAUCCAUACAGAAACCCAGAGGUUUUAUCUUAGUACUUGAGCAGAAAAGAUGGGAAGCUGCAGUACAGAAGAAAGCAUUGAAAACCCCUUUUCUAAAGCUUUAACUGUCCUCAAACUCACCAGAUUCAGAGCAAAAUCUGCACUGGUCUUUCUGGAGUUUUACUCUAAAUGUGCAUCAGAAAUAUGGAAAAGUUUUCCUCAAACCAUUCUUUAAGUAUCAUAAAAUUGGCCUUUCAGUCACAGCAUUGGCAUAUUUUCCUGGAAUGCUAAUAACCAGUCCUUGUAAAGGUUGAUAUGCUUCCUAUAGCUCUAAAUGGUGUCCCGACUCCUUGAAGACAUGAUGGGCAUUGCAGACAUGACGGGCACACCGCAGGAGAGCACACCAGGAGAGGGUGGCCCUCUCCCUCACCCCAUGAUAUUUUGCUGCAUAUUCUACCUCUUUGCAGUCUGUGGAUACGUUGGUGGGUUAAAAAUAAUCUCAUCUGUGAUCCGUUCAUGACAGAAUCCUUUUAAAUAAAAAUGCACUGUUUUCAGAGGUUGGAGAAAUACAGAACCUCCCAAUUACUGCUUGCCAUGGAGACAUUAGAUAAAUACUGGGUCAAAAUUAAAUCAAAGCCCCAAAUGAGGAUUCUGUAAUAUAUAUGUAAUAAAUGCUAAGGAAUUAAGCAGUCAUCCCAGCUGGUGUUAGGCUGUAACUGAAGCAUGUAAAUUUGGAGCUUCAUUGCAAGUACUCCUCCAGCCCAUUAAGAAGAGACGUUCUAGAAGGUGAGUCAUCCCAAAUUCGGAUUAUUUUUGGAGGUGCCCUUCUGGAUCCACUGGAAUAGGCACUUAACAUCGACCUCCCAACAGGACGAAUGCAGCCUUGAGGGCUGUGCAGCCACUGUGGGAUAUCAUUGGCAGCAACUGCAGGCACUGAAUACUGCAGGACCAACAGCAGAAGUGCCUAAAGUCAAAGAGAAAAGCAAAUUGCCUUGAAAAAGGAUUCAUCCUGGUGACUUUUGUAAAAUCCUUGCUCGUGCUGUAUGGAGUACAAUGGGGUUCUGUGCACAGUUUGUGCAGCUGGUCAUCAUGUUUAAUUUGAAUGGUAAACAUGGAUUUCUAAAAUGCCAGUGCAGUUUGUACAGUUUAAUAAAAUGUUGUGUACAAUUGGAAAAUGUAGAAGUGAUUAAGUUGGGACAAAAAAUGAGGAUGCUUGGAAAAGCUGUUAAAAAGGCUCUGUGCUUUCUGGGAGAUGUUCCCCAGGGGAAUUUCAACCCAUAAAUACACGGGAUCAUCAAGCAUUUGGACAACUGUAACUACUCUGUGGCUGCAGGAGCAAUUAAAAGGCCAGAUGCUACCUGCAUUUUCCACUGAUGCCACAAAAUACACUGUAGGAUCAAACUGUCCCUGGAUGUGACUGUGUUUGUUUCUACAGGUGCGUGGAGCUCGUAGUUUCCGUCAAUGACAGGUCAGUAUCUAAAGCAAGGAUCUGGUGCUGUGCAAAGGUGCCCAAGAAGAGAGUAAAAUGACCCUUUUCACUAUCGGCAGGGGAUACAGCUGGUAACUGGGGCUGCAGAACCAGAUGUGAGGAGAUGGGCAGUGUUAGAGGGCAAUUAGGCCACCUUCCUUCAACACCCAAAUGAGGAUGGAUCAGCCAGCUCCUGGGAGAGCUUGAAUGUCUACGUGCUAUGGAGCCUGGAUGGCACAACCAGAGGUUGCAUGUCAGUGCAUUUGAAGAUAGUUGAGCAGCAUCCCUCUUUAAACACCUGUUGGGGAUAUUUUCUUGCAACAGCGUGGUGGUUCAUGUUUGACACCAGUGCAGGGACAGCCUAGGAACACAGCUGAGGGAGCAAAGGUGCUGAAUCACCUCUCAUGCUUGCCUAACUGAAGUUCAGCAGGGUUUAACACCUCGCUGACCACAGACAGGGCUCUCUGCACUCCAGCUGUGGUCCUGUCCAUCAAAAGCAGACAAACAAGAGUGAUUUGCAAGCAAGUCUACGUUUGGUUAACUGCUAGGGCAGAUACAUUGUUAGGCUUACUGCAGGGCUUUCGACACAAACCACAAGAAGUGGCUGCUUCUCUCUGCAGAGCAUCUUUGGUUUAAAAAAACAAAGGAGACCCAGAGAGGAUGGGGGGAGGGAGGCAGGAGGGCUGGGUACAAGCCACCGCGUGUGCCAUACGUCUCACGGGGGCCACAGCCUGAGAACCCUCCCAGCUGUGCCUGUGGUGUGCACGGGGUGACGUGGCGAGCAGCGAGCGUUUUCCUGUGGUGAGAGCGAUGGAGAGAUAGGAGUUGACAAGGGCUGAAAGCCAAACACUCGCACGGAAAUGAGCAGGAGCCCAGGCACCCACAGAACCGUUCUUUUCCCUUGGCUAAACCUGGCACAUCCAUAGCUGUCUUCUCUAUUUUUUUUCCUUUCUCCUCCUCCAAAUAAUGAUCUUGGCAUAGUAGAUGGGGCUUGCUAGGUUUGGUUAUUCAUUUGCUAAAAGCCCAGCCCUGUUCUGGAGCCCUGUGGGACCACAGCACUGCUGUAGGAGCACGGUGCCUGCAAACAUCAGGGUCCUUCCUCCUGCACCACCUGCUUCAGCUCAGGCUUUGGGAGCCAGUCUCACUGCUUUGCUUAACGGAUGCACAAAUCCCUGCAGUUGGCAUUCACCAAACAAAACCUCAGGCUAAUAGAUAAGUCAAGCUAAAAGGAAGUCACCAGCGAGCGACAGCUGGGGUUUCAGCCCUCCUGCAAGGACCAAGCUGCCUGCAGAGAAGGGUGGUUGGCUCUCAGCUCCUCGGCAUGAAGCCUGGAGGUAGGGCUGCCACCCCACAGGGAGCACCGAGCUCCAUCCUGCACCCUGCCAUGCCUUUUGCUGCUUGUGCUGAGAGGAGAGGCAACUUUACCCCAUGGUUACCAGACACAUCUUGAACUUGUAUCAGUACAGCUCCAAACAGCACAUACUUCAGGUAGGUAUGCUCUUCCCUUUACUCUUGUAUUUGCACCUCAGACACUUAAAACCCAAGAAGAGAGAUCGCAGCCGUGAUCUAAACCGAUCUCUCACUCCACGAGGUGCCAGCUCAGCUAGAGUAUCGUGUAAAGCAGCUGAGAUCGCAAUCAGCAUGUGCCCAAAGUGUGCCUUGCGGUGCCGUGAAGCCAGUAGAGGUCUCAGUGCAGACCACAGGAAGCUUUACUGCUUUUUUUGCUUACAAAGAAGUUUUAUCUUUGCUGUAUCACAGCAGUCAAGACAAUGCAUGUGCAGCUUGUGAAAUAAGGAACUAACAUGGUUCUGGCUGUACUGUAACUGGCUCUGGUUGUAAGCCAAUGGUCCUGUUCAGCUCAGCAGUUGUACCUGAGCGUGCUGAGGUCUGGUCUACUGUUGGAAACAGGCACAAUGGAGUCCUUUAUCAUCUGUGUUAACUUAAUACUUAUAUUCACAAGGAUAUAAAAUAAUAGGAAAAUUAAAAGAAAGGGGAAACAAAGAAAAAAAACG